AUGAUGGCGGAGUCCAUCGUGUCAAUAUCUCCAAUUGCCCUGCUUCAGCACUGGAUUACCACCCUUCGCAGGGCCAUGUCUACCGAUAAACAUGGAAUUGGAUCCGCCGAGAUCGAACACGUUGAUCGCUCUAAGCAUCAUCACAAAGGCACAGUCAAUACGCUUCUCGUGGUGGCUUGUAUAGUAUUUGGUGCUGCGUCAUUCAUGUUUGGAUAUGACGAUAAGGUCAUCUCACCGAUCAUUGCAUUGCCCGCAUUUGUGGAAACGUUCCAAGGUGGUGAUCAAACUGCCGGAAGCCUGGUUCUGACGGCUCGCAACCAGAACCUGGUGAUUUCCGUCCCGUUGGUGGGCGAUGUCAUUGGAAGUCUUUUCGCCCCAUCUUUGACCUUUCACUUGGGACGAAAAUGGCCUUUGGUGGCAUCCUACACACUGUCUCUAGGUGGCAGCUUGCUUCAAGUCUUUGCGCCGAAUCUUGGGGCCUUUGUAGCUGGUCGAGCUUUGAAUGGGGUCGCCAUUGGCAUUGCUAUUGCUACCGCCCCAUUAUAUCUCUCCGAGGUGGUUCCCGCCUCUAUUCGAGGUAGAUGUGUCAGCUCUAUCAAUAUUCUGAAUCUCAUAGCCGGAGUGAUCGGCACGGUUGUGGUCUGGGGCACCAAGAAAAUCGGCGGCCAUCCAUCCUUUCAAAUCCCGCUAGCUAUACAGUGUGCAAUUCCUGUCAUUCUGGUCAUUUUGACCUUACCGCUUCCCGAAAGCCCGGAAUGGCUUGUAUCGAAGGGAAAUAUGGAGCAGGCCCGACAUAAUCUACGAAAACUGCGGGGGUUCAGUGAUGAGCAGGUAGAUGAAGAGCUCCACCUCAUGGAGCUGUGCGAAAAGAAUAACCGUGAGCUUCGAUCCAACGUCCAAUUCUGGCAUAUCUUCCGCCGAGAUCACCUCCGAAGAACUCUGGUGGCAGGGUCAUUCUAUUCCCUGAAUCAGAUCUCCGGUGUCAUCCUAUCCACGACCUAUACAACCGUCUUCCUCACCGAGAUUGGAGCCGCAAAUGCAUUCACAUUGACUAUCAUUGCAUCCUGCUGUACGUUGGCCGGCACCCUUGCAGCCCCACUGGUGAUCGACCGUGCGGGCCGACGCCCCACGGCAUUUGUCGGCAUGAGUAUUCUCUUUGUGAUUGAUGUCAUAGCCGGUGGUCUUGCCUUUGACACCAAGAGCCAGAACUCCACUGUAGCCAUUGCAGCGUUGGGCUUCAUUUUCAACUUUUUCUGGGCCUCGUCAUUCUACUCCUUAUCCAACGUGAUGCCUUCUGAGAUGGCCACUGCCAAGCUCCGCCACUACGUGAUGUCCUACACCAUUGCCUGCCAAGGGGUGACUGCUGUGAUCACCACUCUCGUGGUCCCUCAGCUUACAUCUACCGAUGCGGCCAAUCUUGGAGCCAAGACCUAUCUCGUCUUUGCGGGAUGCAUGGCUGCCAUCAUUGUGUUUGUGUACUUCUUUAUGCCGGAGACACGAGGCCGCACCUUUGUGGAAAUUGAUGAAAUAUAUGCAGCCAAGGUUCCAGCAUGGAAAUGGCGGUCAUAUCAGACUACUCUAGAGGCGAGAACAGGGGUAUCGAACAUCUCUACGGAGAAGAUAUUGUGA